AGUUCUGUGUCUCUGUCUGCGUCUGUGUCUGUGUCUGCUACGCAGACAGUAGACAGUGCAUGACUUUAGUACGAAUUAAAUCGUAGGUAGCAAACUCUUCCAACUCCAACUCCAACUCCAUUGCAUGAUUUCAAUUCAGUUCGAAGAAGAAUUUCAUUUAAAGGUGCCGCCUUUUCAGUCAAACAAGCCACACUGGCCUUCCUUCAAGUAGAAAUUCCUAGUUGAAACUCGAGGGUGUGACUGGAACUGGAAAUCAGUGGAUAGGACAUGGCUCCAUUAGAUGUGUGUCCCACUGAGGAUGCAGUGAAGGCAUUUCUAGAAUACUUGGUUGAUCCAAUGCUGCCAUUAAAAGCUUCUAUCAGAGAUAAUCCCACACCAUCUGAACAGCAGUCUGUUGCAAAACAGGUGCAUUCUGUUGUGUUACUGUACAACUACUACCACAGAAAACAGCAUCCAGAGCUAGCAUUUCUGGCUUUUGAUGAAUUUUGCAAGAUGGCUGUGGUUCUGAGACCAGCUCUGUUGGCACAUAUGAAAUUCAUGCAAAAGCCUGAUGAAAGUGAACUUGUUGAUGUGGAGAAACAACUAUCAUUAACAGAAAAGAAAAUCAUGAAUGCAUGUGAUAUAUGUACAUGUUUAGAUGCAUCAAAAAAUGUCCCUAAUGUAGGGGGAUGGCCCAUUUCAAAAGUUGCUGUCCUUUUAAUUGACUGUAAAAAGGAGAACUGCUUCUUGCUGUUUAGUUCCAUCACUGAGGGGGUUUGGUCAUUGGUUGAAAAAGAUGUGGACACCUUCACCCAAAGUUCCCAAAGUUCUGAUGUUACAAGUGGCACCAAAUAUACAUACAAAAAGAAAAGAGGCAUUAAAAAGCCUAUAAAAGAUGAAUCAAAGGUUGACGAAGAUGGUUUUUUGCAAGUUGGGUAUUCUGUUAUAAAGGAAGCUGCAGGUGUCAAUAAGGCUGAUAUUAUGCUUUUGGAAAGUUACACUGUUUAUUCUCAGAGCAAAGAGAAGACAGCUUCACGAGUUUAUAUAAUGAAGUGCUCCCAGUUGAUCAAUCAGGAGGUUAAUCCAAUUCCUAUCAAAGAUUUAAUUGAAAGCUUGCGGGGUCCUUUGGUUAAAAGGAGUUGUAGCAGUUGGAUGGUCACCCCAGCUGUUGAGUACUUCCAUGUGCUUCCAUAUGCUGAAAUAAUUUCAGAGUGGAUUUCUAGGGUUUCCUUCUCAAAUAGUUUGCAAGAUUUAAAGCUGGCAGAGAAAAAUAUAAUAGUGAACAGCCCUGAAGUCACAGAAUCGUAUGUAAGUAGUGAGGGCAUGUCUGUUGGCCUUGAUAACAAGCCAGGCGGUGAUAACAUUGAAUCUCUGAAUCUGGAAGAGAACAAUGAAUGCUGCACAACUACCCGGUCUGCUUCUAUCAAGGAAGCCCAGGAUAUGGAUGUGGACAACUCUUCAGUUUUUCCAUCUAAAGCUGAAGAAGAAUGCCAGCAUAUUGCCAAUGCUUUACAAGUUAGUGAAGAUCAAGAAAUAGAAAAUCCAUCUGUGCAACAUCACUCAAAUGGUUCUACAAGCCCUAUGAAGGCCGAGAAGGUUGAUUCAACAAGGAUGCUAAUCACUGAGGGUAUAAUCAAAGAUCAAUCAGCUUGUAAUAAGAUUUGUGCCAAUACAUCUUUCGAAAAAGACUCCAUAAAAGAAUGUGCCCUGAUUGCAAAUAAUUCCAACUUGGAACUUGAGAAACUCCAAAUUCUUUUAGCUUCAAAGGGGAAGACAUUGUCACAAACUGCCCUCAAUGCUCUUAUACAAAAGAGGAAUGCGUUGGCUCUUCAGCAGCGCAUGAUAGAAGAUGAGAUUGCUUUGUGUGAUAAAAAAAUUCAAAGAAUGUUAACCGGCGGGGAAGAUGACUUGGAAUUAAAGAUAGACACCAUCAUAGAAGGCUGUAAUGAUACAUGGGUAAGAAAUCAAGGAAGGAUGUCUCAUCAUCUUGAGGAUAAACGCUUAUCUCCAUAUAUCAAGAGGAAAAGAUUGAGAGAGGCUGUGCUCAUUGUGCAAAAUUCUUGCCAGGAACUAGAUGGUGUAUGUGAUGAAAAUAAUUGGGUCCUUCCGACUUAUCGUUUAUCUCAAUCAGAUGGUGGAUUCCAAGCUAAUGUAACCGUUAAAGGACUAGACUUUGAGUGUUCAUUUGGGGGUAACAUGUGUUCCUGUCCUCGUGAAGCUAGAGAAUCAGCUGCUGCUCAGAUGUUGGCCAACUUAAGAAGUAUGGCAAAAUCAGACCAGUAAUUGAAUGCAUAAAAUGGCUUUUUUGGUUUAUUUCUUCUGUUCGGUUCUUGGUUUUUCCCUGUAAAGUAUGAAUAUUAAGGAAACUGCAGUGUUAGUAUGUGUUAAUUUA